AUGUUCGAAAACUUCACUUCUACCCCUUCUCGCGGUACGUAUCCUGUUAACGUGAAGCUAGCUAUGAGAGGUGCGCUAACAAGUCCAGAAACCCCACUCACCUCAUACACGUCACCCAACAACUCGCCAUCUAUUGAAACGCGUGCCACCACGUAUGAAGAACUCAUACAAUCGCUUGAUUCACAAGCGGACGUGUUGCAAUAUCUGCCUUCUGAAGCUGAAGUUGACGAACUCUUUGACGAAUUUCAUGGAGGAUCUUCGAUGAACUCAUCAAGUCGUCGCUCCAGCACUGCCAAGGUUGCAUUUGGCACAUAUCGGGAAGAUGACACCAAUGCAGCCCAAGUCUAUGUCUAUCUUCGCUCUCCCUCGUUCAAAAAUACUGAGCCGUCCAUGGUGUUCGGUAAGUGUUCAGCAAACACUAAAUACACCGUCAUGAACACCAAGGACAUCAAUUGCACAGAUGGUGUGUUCGAAGCCAACAAGUUUUGGAGACCCUUCGUCGAGAGCGGCAAAGUCGAGUUUGGUGCAGUUAAGGCUGUUCUGAAAGCUCUUUUCAUUCGCAAAGGUAUUACUCUAUCGACCCCAAUACCAGUAGUUGGUUCGGUUUUCCGUUCAAAAUUGGUGCUCGGAUGCGAAAUGUUCAAGAACUCCAAGAAAAACCGCAAGAGUUUGGGAGAGACACCUUCCAAGCAAUUUGAUAAGAGUAUGAGUACAAUAGAUGCGUCUAGUGCACAGUCAUCAUUGCCAGUCAUGUUAGGCACUUCAUCAACUACUUCUCCGGUCAUACCUACAGUGCAUAUGUACAGCCGAAAUGACCGCAGCUCCCAUGUGGAUGUUGAUAGACCUUCAGUCGUCGAUUCGAGCAAGAAGCAUAAGAUCUCGCCGCCCACUACCACUGAACAGAAUAUAAUCAAAAUCGAAACCAAUAAAGGCGCAGCUACCAGUAAGCUCGCAGCACUUGAUGGCCCAAAUUCAGACUCUCUCUUCCUUCCUGAAAAUUAUCCAGAAGAACUCGAGGAGGAACUCGAGGAAUUAUCUGCCUCUCAAACCACAACUCCAGAGCCUAGCAAAGGUAUCAACACUAUCCUCGAGUCGCUAUCAGCCUCAUAUGAUCGUCGGAAAGGCCUUACGAAAAAGAUUGAUGAGAUGUCAGCUCAGAUAGCCGGUCACAUCACUGCUCUCGAGGAGCUUCGUCGCGAACAGGAGCAGUUUGAGGCUGAAACAAAGCGCCAGCAAGAGGAAGCCGAUCGUAAAAGAAGAGCACUUGAGGAAAGAAUGAGCAUCGAGGAUCAACAUGUAGCUAGUAGGAAAGCUGAGAUUGAGGCAGACUCUCAGACUAUACAAGCGAAGCUUAAGGUUGAGAACCGCUAG